GCAAAUUGUAAAAAAAUCAAAAUGGCCGCCAAACAAAAGAACAACUGAAGCAAGGAUUUGUUCCAGUUUAUAAAUUUAUUUGCCAUUCAUGGCUGCCAAACGGUCUUGGUCGGAUUUUGAUCUUCUUCCUGAUGGUUGCAGCUCAAAAAAAUGCCGUAUAGCGAACCCAAGCGAAGGGCGCUCUUGCCAUUCGAAAGAGGACGAUUUUGGUGAGUUUCUGCCCCUUUAACACUCGAACAAUGAUCUUUGAUUUACAAAUUAGGGGAUUACUAUUGUUAUGGUGGCUCCACCAUGUAUUAAAGUCAAUGCUAUAUUUUCUUUGAGAUAGUAUUUUUUUUUAAUUCCUGUCACACACGUAAAAUAAGCAAGCAACAAGCUGAGAAAUACGUUCCUAUCAAAGUACUUAAGGUGAACAGAUUAAUACUUGUAAUGGAUUUUUUCGUUGGGAGUCGUUGUUGUUGUUUUUGUUGACUUGUCACCGCUAAUACUGCUGUUUUUUCUGUUUUCAUUUUUUUCAUGCCUUUUUUAUAAGUUUUCUUCCCGUCCAUGUCGCAAAAACUGAGUCAGUUGACGUUAUUUACACUCUGAAGUGUCUGUCCAUCAAGUUGUUAAAGGGGGGGGGGGGGGGGGGGGGGGGGGGGCAGGAUAGUAGUUUGACUGUAGUCUCUAAUCAUGUGCUGCCAUACCUGGGCCCAGCUUUCUUAUGAGAAUUCUGAUUCUUGCUCCUUCAUUUAGAAUUUGAAGUUCCAAGUGACACAGAAGCAGCCAUAUUAUAUUUGAAGGCUCUUGUCCCAUUGGACAAGUUUGAAGGAAAAAUUCCUGCUAUAAUUCUGAAGCAUCAGAUCUAUUGUGUGGUGAAAGAUCGUACGCUGGUUGAUAGACAAUUGGUGAGUUAAGUAUAAUGUCACAAAAUAUGUCAGCCAUCCUACAGCUGACAGUAUCAAGAACAUAGCUUGAAAAUAAUGUACCUCUUGCCAUUAGGAGCAAGGUUUUUGCCUUAUUUCAUCCCUAUUCAUAAAUGAAAAUUUUAAAAUUAUAUGGCAAUAUUAAUGUGCCAGAGCUUUAUGUUAACAGGAAUGAAAGAUGGUAUGUUUACAGAUGGUAUGUUUUUUAACCCUUAAAUCCUAUAGACUGAUUGUUACUUCUCCCCUCUAGCUGCUACACAUUUCCUUUUAAAUUAGUUACAAGAGUUUGGGGUUAGAUCAAGAGGACAACCUCUAUCUGAUAAUUUUGAGUAUUCUCAUAACCUGUGUUCUGUAUAAUGUAUGAAUAUUAUAGGGAAAAAUUACAUGUUAAUCACCUCUGAGAAUUGAAAGGUUACUGUAAGUAAACAGUCACAAAGUUCUGCAGUAUCCUAGCAGCACAUGUUCCUUUCUUUGAAGCCUAAAACCUGACCCUUACAAUCCAUUUUUAGGUGAUACAUGUAUAUUCUAAAAAAUAGCUGACAGAUGUACUUUAAAAAAUACUUAUAGAAGAAAUGCAUGGGGAUAAAUUUGGAAAAUUAAACAUUUGUUUUCUACAUGUACACUUGUCUAACCCUUUAAUUCCCACAAGUGGCCAAGACAGAAUUUCCCCUUACAGUAUCAAACAGACCAGCUGUGAGAAUAAAUAAAAUAUCAAUAAGGUAAUUAUUAGUUGAUUCAAAUAGCAAUUUCUCCAAACCAUAAGAAUUUCAAUGCAGAGUAUAAGGAGGAUUACUAUCUGGACAAUUUGUGGGAGUGAAAGGGUUAAAAUUACUUCUCUGAAACUCAUUUUCUAUCUCCCUCAGCACAAGCUCUAUGAAACACUGUAAUUAUGUAACAUUUCAUUUAAAAUUUGUUUUCAGAAUACUCUUUGGGAGGAGAACAAAAUCCGCCUUUUCAAACUGACAUCAGGUUCUGAUGAGUUUGGCAUUUUAAUUACUGAUGAAUAUAUUUCUCACAUCAAAUCCAGAGUAACUGAUACAAGUAUUCUUCCUGCUAUGGGUUAGUCUGAAGUCUUUGAUAAAGACUGUGUGCAACAUUUUUCUUUCUAAGAAGCAUUCUAAUACAUGUAAUUUUGUAGUUUUUUAAUUAAUAUUUGUAAUGUUGAGUACACACUAAAAUGUUUUUCAGUUAACUUCCUAGAUCAAGACAUAAAGCUGAGUUUGGAGCUUGGCUCUUUGACACUCUAUGACAUUAAUACAAAAAACGUUUGGUUUCAUAGAUGCUAUAAUACUUAUAGUUAACUGCCAUUGUUUAGGAGUCUUGGAAAGCCCUUUAGGCAUUCAUAAAUUCAUCACAGGCUUGUUAUGUUUUUUUUUUAAACAUAUAGAAUAAUGCUAAAUAGAUAUUACACAUUUAAUUUUUAGUAGUUAUUUUCUUGUUAGAAAUAAUAACUUGAUAGAAGACCCCUUGUUCCCAACUGAGUUUCAGAGCCACAUGUUGAGAGUAAGGACCUGAAUUUGUCCUAGGCUUAUUGAGCAUGAAACUGUACUUACUGAUAAUGCCUUGCUUCCAACAAGUGGUUUUUUAUCUGUGUUUGUAGAGACACCCAACCAGUGUCUGGGUUGUACUAGUUAUACAAUCUAGUUGAAGCCUGAACUUUUUUCAAUGGAUUAGGCACAGAUUUUGAAAUAAUUGACAUUUAAUCUUUUGCUUUUAUUAAACAAUGUUGUAGACAAGUUUACCAAUGAUGUGCUCCCAAAUCAUGCCGAUGUCAGCAUAAGUAAAAUUGACAUUACUGGGAAGUUCAAACUCUCUGAGGAGGAGAUUACGUAUGUAACAUGACACUACUGGAUGAAAAUACUUUUAUAUUAGUAUGAAUGUUGUGUGGGUGGAUUUAACCCUGAAAUACAUUCUAUAAGCAGAUAGUAUGCUAUGAAAAUAUUUUCAUUGAUUGGGUUUCUGUUAAAUGGCCACCUUUUUAUUUGGGUAUUGUAUCAGGAGUUUCAAUAAUUUUUCCAUGAACAGCUGAUGAUUGUGUAAAAUGGCUGUAAGGUUAAAUCUAAACAUGGAAGCUUGCAGGUUAAACACUAUAAUGCAUUAAGAUGUCUUAUAGGGAGAUUAGUAAACCACCAGUUACUUGCUCUUUUUGAAACUCCUGUGUAUGGUUAAAAAUGCACAGUAGCUGAGUAUUUUAUUGAAUUAAUGUACAGUUGUGUAGUACAAAUUAAUUUAAAUACCAGUAACUGUGGAAAAGGGUUUUUGAGGCCAGUCAUACCCCCCUUCCAAAACUUUACAGAGUGCCAAUCUUUUUACCUACAUGUUGAUAGAGCAGGUUCUUCUUUGUUUUAACUUAGGAGAGGGUCCCAAUCCCUAAAAAGUGAAUAGUAUUCAAAUAGUGACCACUUACUAGUGACGACAGGUACAUAUGGUUUAUGACAUUGCAUUUCAUUGAAGCCUGCUCCAGGCAAGAUAGUUGCAAAUGAGUGAAAAAAGAGGGGAGGUGUGGGUGCAUUGCAUACACCUAAAUCUCCCUUGUUUCUGCCUUGCUGUUUCUUGGGUGCUACAACUGUAUUUUACCUUUUUGCUCUGCUUUACUUAUUGCAUGCCUGGAAAAUGCUAAGUUUGAUGUAGAAUCUGUUAUACAACUGACACAGGGGUGGAAAAAGGAAAUUGUUGUUGCCCUUAAGGGAACUUGCAUUUUUAUCAAACCUUUGUUUUAUUUUAUUUUUAUGUACUUUGUUUUUAAAUUAUUCUGUAUAAGCCCAUGCUUUGUUUGUGAAGUUUGUAUUAUUUCAUGUUCAUUUUGGUGUGAUUUAUAGACAACUGGUCAACACUGGUAUCCUUACAACCAGAGAUGUGGGAAGUUGGUGGCUAUCCAUCCCUGGUGCAGGAAUCUUUAUGAAAAACUUCUCUAAUGGUAAAGGGAAAAUGUUUUCUAUUUUAAUUUGUGAAAGUGAAUUACUAUGGGAGAUGUGUGUUAUUUGCAUUACUCACCCCAUUUUAAGUGUCACAGUAUCUCCACGAGCUAUUCUUGAAUAUGCUUUUGGUGUCUAGAUCUCAUUAAUAAUUCUCCUUAAUGGUUACCAUAAAAUCCCUAUGAUGUUAGUUUGGAGAAUUUGGUAUUAGAUCAACUAGUACUCCCCUAAUUGAUAUUUUUCUUUAUUUUCAUCAUUUCUCUGCUUGAUAUCGAGUUGAUAUUGUGAAGAGAAAUUCUGUCUUGUUCACUAAUAAGAGUUAUAAGGUUAAAGGCUUCACAUGAGGAACAUGUACAACAGAACUUGCCAGAAUUUUAUUAGGUUCUGGUUACUUGACAGUAAUUUUCUCAAUAAAAAAAUUUCUGUGUAGGAAAAAAAAUAGGUCAACUUUACCUGUGCAUUAGUUUUAUUACUGCUAUUACUUUACUUCUUAUUGUUUUUAUUUACAUUACUACUAUGGACAUUACUCUUAUUGGUACUAUUGUCAUCACUGAUAUUUAUUUACAUGGAUGUAACUCAAGACUUGCCAUAAAACUGUUAAAUUUAAUGUUGUAACAAAUGUUGAUUUUCUUUUAAGGAAGAAAAGCUCUUAUUCAAAUGUUCAAAAAGAGGAAAUAUCGGGAGAUUCUUGAGAAGGUAUGUUAAAAUGCUUGAUCAAUUUUCUCCUUUCCUUAUCUAAUUUUCUCCAAAACUAUAAUAGUAUUUUAACUAUUUGUUAAAAAGAAAGUAAAAUCAUAAAAAAGGCCUUGACUGUGCUCUUUUCCGUUGCAAAACUGCAGAAAGCAGCCAGAGCUUAAUAGACAUUAACCCUUUAGACCCUAACAUCAGUAUCCAUAUUCUCCAAACCCUUCUCCGUAUGUUUCUUUUGGUUUUGACAAGGAGAAUUCAUUUGUAGAUCAAAGCUUCUUAGGUUGGCGAUCAUUUCCUUUAUUCUCAUGAUCCUAAUGAAUGGUUUAUAGCAGUAUUCCUGUGAGGAGAAAUUAGAUACUGGUCACUCCUAGGGUUUAAAGGGUUAAGGGGAAAACUUGAAAGAAUUAGUAACUGCAGAAACAAUCAAAAGUUCAGCUUACCAUACUUGUAGCUUACAGUCCUUUUUUACCCUUGAACACAAAGCGUUUUCACCCCUCAGAGCACAGUAUGCGGAAAUUUAUCACAACAAAAUAGUCAUGUAAUCAGUGUACUGCUGCAAGGGUGCUGUGAAAUGCUUAGCAGACUAAUCCUGGGAGUUUUUGCUCAUAAUUAGAAGCAGAAAUGAGUAAAAAAAGAAUGCAAUUGUAUUCCUAACUACUAUUUUAUUUGUGAUGAAUUGGGUUUUCCUAGAAUAUGCAUGCAUACUUACAAAGACAGACCUUUAUAAGAAUAGGCUAACAGAAUAAUAACCAUACCUGAAAAAAUGCAGACGAAAACAAACAAACAAACUCUCAAAAAUACAGUUAAGGGAGGAAGCAUUUUAAAUCAUAAAUACAUGACUAUCAUUUUCAAUAUUUUCAAUGAACCUUUGAGAUCAUACGUUGACAUCAAAUUUUGUUAUUGUUAUUAAUCACCAUAACUUGAUUAGUGAAAGCGUGGAAUUGACUCAUCCUUUGGACUUUUAAGUCAGUCCAAAACGAUAUGCAGGUAUCGUAAAUAUCUUUUUAAUCACCAUAUGUGCUUUUAAGUGUCUUUGGGUUUACUCUGUUUUGCGUUUGGUCUUCAACAGGAUCUUCUCACCCGUAAAUUUGAUUCUCAUUCCAAGCUUGGAAUAAGAUACCAUGUCUAUGAUAUUAUCGGUGCUGAUUUUGUCAAAAGGUAAAUACUUUCGUAUUUGUUUUCCUCAAUUGAUACCAAUUUUAUACCUGCCAAAAUGUUCCACGCCAGCUAUUGCUUUUUAAGAUAAAGAGUCGAUGAAUCCAUGUUAUUAUAAAACCGCAGAACAGAAAAUGAGAUGAAAGAGCGCGGGCAUUCCUUGCUGUGUGUUACGUUUGGCAAAUUCGUGGUAUGGGUUUCAGUCGUAAUAAUAAUAAUAAUAAUAAUAAUAAUAAUAAUAAUAAUAAUAAUAAUAAUAAUAAUAAUAAUAAUAAUAAUAAUAAUAAUAAUAAUAAUAAUAAACUUUAUUUUUCGAGGGUGGCACUUGACAGUAUAAAAUACUGAUAAACUACAGUAAGAGUUAAAUUAUCACUAUGAACGGUCCAACAACAAUGUGAUUGAUUAUUCCUUUUCCUUUACGCAAACAGCGUGGAUACUACAUCAGGACAAUUACUGAGACUGGACAUCCAAUCAGAGAGUCGAGCCAGAUCGAAAAGAUGA